AUGGAAGUCGACCUUGACGAUCUCAAUGACGAGCGCGAGCGUGCCCAAAAUGCGGCUCUCCAUGAGCAACUGGAGCGCAAGAAGCGCAUGCGCCGGAUGGCGGUCCCGACAGACGAUCGCAAGGUGCGGGAGCGUCUGCGUGCAUUCGGAGAACCUAUUACACUUUUUGGUGAAGGUCCCGGAGACAGACGAGACCGUCUGAAGAUCAUCCAGGAGAGCUAUGAGAGGGAGAAGGGCGCGCCUCUUGAGGUUGACUCAAGCGAUAGCUCGGAUGACGACGACGACGAAUUCUACACGGAGGGAUCCGAAGAUCUUCUGAAAGCUAGGCGAGCCAUCGCCCGCUAUUCACUAUCACGAGCCCGCCGGAGAUUAGCGAAACAGCGCAUCGAAGUUAACAUGCCCCUCAGCAAGAUCGUGAACGUCCGGAAGGAGGUUUACUCCGAUCUGCGAACGUUCAACGUCCUCGGCUCGCAAUUUGGUGAUGACCGACCACUCUCCACCAUUCGUUUCUCUCCGAAUUCGAAGCUCAUCCUGACCACGAGCUGGACCGGAGCGACCAAGAUUUGGGAUCUUCCCAACCUGAACCAGGUUUCAGUGCACAAGGGUCACGAGGAGAAGAUUAGUGGGGGAGAUUGGCACCCAGAUGCGACCAUUGGGCUUUCUCCCGAGGCCGUCAACUUCGCUACCGGAGGAGGAGAGGGAACGGUGAAACUGUGGUCUCUAAACAGCGAAAAACCUCUGGCUUCUCUUGAGGGCCACUUGGCGCGUGUUGGUCGUGUGGCCUUCCACCCUUCGGGAGCCUUCGUGGGAUCAGCCGGCUUUGACGGAACAUGGAGGCUCUGGGACGUCGCGACGCAGAAGGAGCUUCUCAUCCAAGAGGGACACAGCAAGGAGGUGAUCGCUCUUGCCUUCCAGGAUGACGGUGCUCUCGUGUCGUCGGCUGGUUUCGAUGGCAUUGGCCGUGUCUGGGACCUGCGGACGGGCAGAACGGCCAUGGUUCUCGACGGUCACGCAAAGGAGAUUCUCUCUAUGGACUUUGCGCCGAACGGCUUCCAACUCGCGACGGGAUCAGGCGACAACACGAUUCGUAUCUGGGAUCUGCGCGCCCUCAAAACGCAAGACACUAUCCCGGCCCACAAUAGCAGUGUUGCUGACCUGCGCUUCUACCGUGCGGCGAACGAGAACCCCUUCAUCCCCCUCGAUGCCCCUAUCGACACGACAUCCUUGCCCGAUGCUAGUGUCAAGACGAACGGAGCCUCGGCCGAUGAUGUCAGCGGCGAUAAACCCGAGCAGGACGACAGCAAGAUGGAUGUGGACAACGCAGCGAACGGCUCGUCAGCGGCAACAUCAGCUUCGUCGACUGAGCUGUCCAGGUCUGGGCUGUUUUUGGUAUCCGCUGGCUUCGAUGGACACGUCCGAGCGUGGAGCGCGGAUGAAUGGCGUCUCGUCCGAGACUUGGCCACGGACGCUGGCAAGGUCAUGUCGGCGGAUGUUAGCCGGGACGGCAAGUUCAUCGCGAGCGCCAGCUACAGCCGAUCAUUCCAUCUCUUUGGAGGAGAGCAUUCGCUGGAGUAG